AUGGAUCAGUACGAGAAGCUCGAGAAGAUUGGGGAGGGCACGUAUGGGAAGGUGUACAAGGCCCGCGACAUUCGCACGGGCAAAAUCGUCGCCCUGAAGAAGACGCGGCUGGAGAUGGAGGAGGAGGGCGUGCCGUCCACGGCUCUCCGCGAGGUGUCCCUGCUGCAGAUGCUGAGCGACUCCAACCACGUCGUCAAGCUGCUGAAGGUCGAGCACUGCGAGGAGAACGGGAAGCCUGUGCUGUACCUUGUGUUUGAGUACCUCACGACGGACCUCAAGAAGUACAUGGACCGCAACGGGAAGGGGCCGCAGUACCCGCUGGACCCCAAGGUCGUCAAGUCGCUGACGUACCAGAUCAUCAAGGGCGUCGCGCACUGCCACAGGCACGGCGUGAUGCACCGCGACCUGAAGCCGCAGAACAUGCUGAUCGACGAGCACGCGGGACCGCACGUGGUGUGCAAGGUGGCCGACCUCGGCCUGGGCCGGGCGUUCUCGAUCCCGAUCAAGUCGUACACCCACGAGAUCGUCACGCUGUGGUACCGCGCCCCGGAGGUGCUCCUGGGCGCGACGCACUACGGCUGCGCGGUCGACAUGUGGUCGGUGGGCUGCAUGAUGGCCGAGCUGGUGCGCAAGACACCGCUCUUCCCGGGCGACUGCGAGUGGCAGCAGCUCCUGCACAUUUUCAAGAUGCUGGGCACGCCCGCGGAGGGGAUGUGGCCGGGGGUCACCAGGCUGCGCGACUGGCACGAGUGUCCGAAGUGGAGGCCCCAGCCGCUGGAGAAGUUCUUCCCCACGCUGGAGAAGUCGGGCAUCAACCUGCUCGAGCGCCUCCUGACGUACGACCCGGCGAAGCGUCUCAGCGCCAAGGAGGCCCUGUCGCACCCGUGGUUCGACGACCUGGACAAGGCCACCGUGGACGCCCUCGAGAACCCCGAGCUCGCGUAG